GAUUUCGCGUUCCGGCAUUCGGCUCCUGUAAAUAUACCUCGCGAUUUCUCCAAAGUGCAGAAGUCUUAGGGGCCGCGCCUGAUAUAAUAUUAACCAUGGCGCUGUUCGCUAAAUACUUGAGGAUCGGCAGUACCGUUAAACACGGAUUUCAAGCAUUUCCACAAUUAUCAGCAGCUAAAUAUAGUGUGUAUCCACCACAUUAUUCUGAACCAAUCUACAAAAAACAAGAAUUAGAUAACAUUUAUGAGUCUGGGAUGAUUGAUAAUUACAAACUGAUUCCAUUUAAAGCAGCUAAAAGUAAUGAAACUUGUUCCAUAUUCCAUGAUCCAGUAGUUGAAAAAUUUAUAAACUAUAUGCUUAUAAAAGGACAAAAAAAAUUAGCUAGAGGAGUGUUGGAAAAAACCUUUGAAAAAAUAAAAAAAAUUCAAUUAGAGAAGUAUAACAGAGAGACUGAUCCUGAGAAAAAAGAUUCGAUAAUUAUAGAUCCUGUAGUUAUACUGAAAAAAGCAAUUGCUAACUGCAAACCACUUUUGAAAUUAACUGCAGUAAAACGAGGAGGAUCUUUUUACCAGGUUCCAGUUCCAAUAACAGAUAAAGAAUCCACAUUUUAUGCAAUGAGAUGGUUUGUACAUUGUGGACGUGAAAAAGACAAAUCCAUAAGUUUUGCUGAUUUUAUGGCUAAAGAAUUAAUCAAUGCGUCCAAUAAUGAUGGAAAAGUUGUGAAAAAGAAACUGGAUUUGCAUAAACAAUGUGAAGCAAACAGAGCAUAUGCUCACUACCGGUUUAGUUAAGUUUUAAAUAUGUUAUACAGUAAUUAAUUAGAAAUAAGUUAUAAAAUAAAUAUUUUUUGACAUGUAAA